UUGAGCCGGCUUUGCUGCUACUUUCCUCUGGCAGUUUGCGGUCAUGUCGUCAAAGAAGAACCGAAAGCGGUCGAAGGAAAGCAUGGAAAGUGGCUCGCCUUUGGCCUCUAGUGCGUGCUUGCGAGCGAGGGCCCAAACUCCGGCCGGGCCGGACGUGGCGGCGGCCGCGGGGACUCUGGUGGUGACCAACUUCCUAGAGAGGGUAGAUGCCAAAGUUCCUAAGACAUUCCAGAAUUCCCUUGUUCAUCUUGGGCUUAGCACUAUGAAGUCUGCAAACAUAUGUAUAGGUCGACCAGUAUUGCUUACCAGUUUGGAUGGAAAACAAGAGGUCUAUACAGCUUGGCCAGUGGCGGGAUUUCCUGGAGACAGAGUUGGCCUGAGUGAAAUGGCACAGAAGAAUGUCGGAGUGAGGGCUGGAGAUACCAUCCACGUCCAGCCUCUUGUGGGUGCUGUGCUUCAGGCUCAGGAAAUGGAUUUGGCAUUGAGUGACAAAGAUAGGGAAGUUAAUGAAGAAGAACUGACUGGUUGUAUUCUGAGGAAACUAGAUGGCAAGAUUGUCUUACCAGGAAACUUUUUGUACUGUACCUUCUAUGGACGACUAUGCAAGUUACAAGUGUUGCAAGUAAAAGGAGCAGAUGGCAUUACAUUGGGAAGACCUCAGAGUAACUCUGGCACUGAUGCUCAGGAAAUGGCCUGUGAACAUUACAGCAUGGAAUCCAGUGACUUGGAUAUAUCCUUCCAGCUCGGCCAGUUAGAUCUUAAAGAGUCUCAGAGCCCUGUAUCAAGUAUUCCUUGUAAACCUGUGGCUGACAGAAAUAUAAAUAAAGCUGGUGAUGAUUUGUUGGAUGUUACACAGAGCCCUGGUGAUGGCAGUGGACUUGGACUUGAGGAAGCCAUAGGUCUUAAAUGUAGCUUUGAUUCAGCUAACGAAGGAAACAAGCAGCUUAUCAAGGAAGAGAAACCAUUAACAUCUGCCAGAGCAGGGUCAAAGUGUAAUACUGAUACUUUUUAUUUUAUUUCUUCAACAACAAGAAUCAGUCUUAGAAAAAGUUAUACAAAUUCCAAAGAACAAGACAACCAAUUCAAAGUAACAUAUGACAUGAUUGGUGGCUUAAAUAGUCAGCUGAAAGCUAUUAGAGAAAUAAUUGAAUUGCCUCUCAAGCAACCUGAGCUUUUCAAGAAUUAUGGAAUUCCAGCUCCUAGAGGAAUACUACUCUAUGGUCCUCCAGGUACUGGGAAGACAAUGAUUGCCAGGGCUGUUGCUCAUGAAGUCAGAGCUUAUGUUUCCGUAAUUAAUGGUCCUGAAAUUAUAAGCAAAUUCUAUGGUGAAACUGAAGCAAAGUUACGACAGAUAUUUGCUGAAGCUGUUCUACGACACCCAUCAAUUAUUUUUAUUGAUGAGCUGGACGCCCUUUGCCCAAAAAGAGAAGGUGCUCAGAAUGAAGUGGAAAAAAGAGUUGUAGCUUCACUCUUAACACUGAUGGAUGGCAUUGGCUCAGAAGGAAGUGAAGGGCGGGUAUUGGUCCUUGCGGCCACAAAUCGCCCUCACUCAUUAGAUGCUGCACUCAGGAGACCUGGACGAUUUGAUAAAGAGAUUGAGAUUGGAGUUCCCAGUGCUCAGGACCGGCUGGAUAUUCUCCAGAAAUUGCUUCGAAGGGUUCCACAUUUGCUCAGUAAAGCUGAAUUGCUGCAGUUAGCAAAUCGUGCUCAUGGAUACGUCGGAGCAGACUUGAAAGCCUUGUGUAAUGAAGCAGGUCUCUGUGCCUUGAGAAGAGUUCUGAGGAAACAGCCUAACCUCCCUGAUAGCAAAAUCGCUGGCCUAGUGAAGAUUACUCUGAAUGAUUUCUUAGAGGGAAUGAAUGACAUCAGGCCCAGUGCUAUGAGAGAGGUAGCAAUUGAUAUCCCAAAUGUAUCCUGGUCAGAUAUAGGAGGACUGGAAAAUAUCAAACUAAAAUUGAAACAGGCUGUGGAAUGGCCCUUAAAACAUCCAAAGUCUUUUCUGCGAAUGGGUAUUCAGCCACCGAAAGGAGUUCUUCUAUAUGGGCCACCUGGAUGCUCUAAAACAAUGAUAGCCAAGGCUUUGGCCAAUGAAAGUGGACUGAACUUUCUAGCUAUAAAGGGACCUGAAUUAAUGAAUAAGUAUGUUGGUGAAUCUGAAAGAGCAGUUAGAGAGAUCUUCCGUAAAGCAAGAGCAGUGGCUCCUUCCAUUAUCUUUUUUGAUGAACUUGAUGCUUUAGCAGUUGAACGAGGCAGUUCUUCAGGUGCUGGGAAUGUAGCAGACCGUGUUUUGGCUCAGCUCUUAACGGAAAUGGAUGGGAUUGAACAGCUCAAGGAUGUGACAGUUUUGGCAGCUACUAACCGCCCAGAUAGGAUAGACAAGGCUCUGAUGCGGCCUGGAAGAAUAGAUAGAAUCAUCUAUGUGCCUUUACCAGAUGCUGCAACCAGACGGGAGAUAUUUAACCUGCAGUUUCACUCUAUGCCAAUCAGUAAUGAGGUUGACCUGGACCAACUCAUCCUCCAAACUGAUACAUAUUCAGGUGCAGAGAUUAUUGCAGUCUGCAGAGAAGCAGCUCUUCUAGCUCUAGAAGAAGACAUCAAAGCCACUUGCAUCAUGAAGAGGCAUUUCACUCGAGCUUUGAGCAUUGUGACACCUAGAAUUCCUGAGUCACUGAGGCAUUUUUAUGAAGAUUAUCAAAAGAAGAGUGAGCUACUCACAGUCUGAGAUGACAUUCAGAUUCAUGGCAUUGAAAUCUUUCUUAGAGAAAAAUUCAUUUUCAUAUUUUGUCUGUAAAGUUCCUUUAAUGUGUUUAAAGUUCCUUAAUAUGUAAAAUGUUUAAGAUAUUUUCAGUAGAAUUGAAGAUCCAGUUAAACAUUUUGAAUCAUAAGAAUACAAUAAAAAUCUCAGCAUGGAUUGGA